AUGUGCUAUCAAGUGCUGGAACUCUACUCGGCAUGCCGCUGCCUCUACUACCAACACGCCGUCGACCGAUGCCCCCGGUACGGCACUCGGGGUCAUGGUAUCACACAGAGGACGAUAUUAGUCGGAUACGCCUGCAUGGACCACUCAAGCCACUCGGGCCAGUACUCGUCACAAUAUGACGACCACAGCUACGCAGACUCGGGUUAUGCAAGCCGCUCGUCCAAGAGCUCCCACCGCAAGUACCGAUGA